AUGAAGUGGAAAAAGCUGAUGGGAGGGAAGGGGAAGGCCCAGGAGGGUGGAGCGGAGAGCGGUAGAGGCCCUCCUUAUGUGGAUGUUGAUGUUCCAGGAAGCUUCGAUAAGUCGAUAAAUAGCGACGCGCUCGACGGCGAUUCGUUCGGCCCGCCGCUGACGCCACAGACGGCGUCGAUAGAGGACGAGUUCCGCCGCGGCAUGCAGGAGGUUCGCGAGAUGCGCGACAAGUACGAGGGGCUGCUGUUCCUCGUCGCCAACGCGCAGCAGCGCGCCGCAGAGUUCUCCGAUUCGUUUCGGGAGCUGUCCUCCUUUGUGGCGGGCGCGUUUGGUGCUAUAGAGGACGGGAACGUGGGCGAGGUGUUCCAACACGUAGCUGUGGUAGAGGACCGCAUCGGACAGCUCUUCCAUUACUAUGCCAUGCAUCUAGCACAGGCCAUAGCAGAGCCUACGGAGUCCUUGCUCGUGGAAAUACACCAAGUGGAGGAGACAAGAAAGCUGUACGAGGCAAAGAGGCGCACUUAUGCGGAAGCCAGAGCAGCAGCGCGCACCCAUGUACCAUCCCCUGCCACCACACGCAUUGGAUGCUCUGGGGGCGGGGGCGGGGGGGCGGGAGGGGGAGGGGGAGGAGGAGGGGGCGGAGCUAGUUCCGCAUCUGCAGCAGCAGCAGGCGGAGCAGGAGGGGGAGGAGGGUCGGCGGCAGUGGCGAGAGCAGCAACAGUUGGCGAGACAGACUGGGAAGGAGGGGCAGCGCGAGGCCGGGGCAGGCGAGAGCCAGAAGAAGGGGGGAGAGAUGAGGAGGAGGAAGAGGAGGAAAUGAGCGAGGAGGAGCGGGCAGCCAAGGAGGAAUUUGACGAAGUAGCCAUGACUCUCGGGUGCAGGAUACUUGCCUUAGAGCAGAGGCGGCCCAGGGCGUUACUCUCUCAGGUGGUGAGGCACCACGUGGCAAAGAGCCGGCUGCUGAGACGGUCUCAGCUGCAGCUGGGGCAGCUGGAUGGGAUCAUAGGGUAUCUUGUGGAGGAGCUGGGGAUGGGGCGUGCGGCGCUGCUUUGUAGCGUUGAUGAGGGUGACUAUGACGAGGAUGAUGACUGGGGGGGCGUGGCAGCAGGCAGUGUGGAGCAGGGUACCUCAUCCCCAACACACGUUCUCUACGCGUUUUGCAUCAACUCAAAGCUUCCUAUACUGUCCACCCUUCCACCUGUGCUGUGCCUGCAGAGCACCGCAUCUCAAGACACGUUCACCACGCUUCCCCCGCCCCCUACCUCCGCCCCCUUGCCCUCAGUUCCCACCUCCGCCCCCCUCCCCGCUCCCCCCACCUCCGCGCCCCUGCCUUCACCUCCUCCUGCCCACUCCACCCAACCCACCACCACCAGUAGCAGCAACACCACUAUCAUCUCUGCAGCUGUUGCUUCUGCAGCUGCUGCCGCUACUGCUUCGUUCGCUGCACACCCUUCUGUCACAGGACCUACCACUGUUCCAGGCCCAGGAGGAGCAGUAGUACCUGCUGCAGCAGCAUCAUUAUCAGGAUCAGCAGCAGCAGCAGCAGCAGCAGCAGCUGCGGCGGCGACCGCGGCAGCAGUUGCACAGAUACUUUCAGCUGCAGUGGCAGCAGCAGCAGCGGGGGGUGGGGGUGGGUUGAGGGGGAGAGCAGCACACGUGGGUCCCUUUGCCAUGCAAAUGUCUGGCCCGCUGCCCCGCCCCUCUGCUGUUGAACAAGCUGUAACAGGAGCUGCUGCUGCUACCUCUGCCUCUGCUACAGCUACUGGUCCUGCUACAGGCGGUCCUGCAGGCCCCGGAGGUGGUUCGGCAGGUGGUCCGGCAGGUGGCUUGGCAGGUGGAGCAGGCGGAAGUGGGGGAGGGCGGUUCAGCUUUAGCUCUGUCAGCAGGGAAGGCCCAGCAGGUGGGUUGGCAGGAGGUCCUUCAGGUGGUUUGGCAGGGGGCUUCACAGGUGGGCUGACUGGAGGAGCAGCCAUGCCCAUGCCUGGGCUUCAUGCCCCAGCGAAGAGAGUAAGCCAUUCGGGGCCGAUUCUCCGGGGCAGCGGUGCUGGUGCUGGGUCAGUGUUAGGAACAGCAUUAGGGGCAACAGGAGCAGCAAGAGCAGGAGCAGGAGGAGCAACAGGAGCAGGCACAACCAUGCCUCUGUACGAUCCCUCUGCUUCUUACCCUCCCUCGUCCUUCUUCCCUCCCUCCGCAUCAUACCCCCCAUCAUCAGCACCUGCCUUCUCAUCCAGCCUCCAGCAAGCGUACAUGAUAGGAGCCAUACCCUCCCAACCUCCUAUGCCUUCCCAAUCACCCAUGCCCUCUCAACCUGCUACGACCCUCACAGCUGCUCCUGUGUCUGGGUAUGCCUACGCUGGGGCAGCAGCAGGGGGAACAGUGGGCAGCGGGGCAGGGUAUGGGAUGGAGCCGCAGCCUAGCUGGCAAGCUGGUGUGUCUGGAGCCGGUAUGAGGCCAACAGGGAUGGCAGCCGCAGCAGGAGCAACAGGCCUAGCAGUCCCGGCAGCAGUGUCGAUGGGACCUUCAACAGGAGUCCCAAUGGGAGUUCAAACGGGAGGCCUGGGUGUGGGUCAAAGCUAUCCGUCCCACCCAGCUUACGGUUUCAACACCAGCCCGAGUGCCGGAUUAGGGUUUGGGAGCGGUAGCAGCGGAUUAGGGUUUGGCGCCUCGCCUGUUUUCCAGGGUGGUUUACCCAGCAAGGCCCUGAGUGGACCCAUAGCCCGCAGCUCUUUCUACGGAGGCAGUGGUUUGCUCUCCUCAGCCGGCAUUCCAGGCCUGACCGGUGCUGGUGGCAGUGGUAGCAGCAGCGGCAGUGGUGGCGGCGGCAGUGGCGGUUUCAACAGCAGCGGCACAGGACACAUGCGGGAAGAGAGGCUGAUAAAAUCCGGCCCGAUUGGGCCGAGUAACAGCUACUAUGUGGCCAUGGCUGCUCCUGCGCUCUCCCCGCCCAAGGUCACAGAGUUAUAUGCCCUCCCGCCUCCACCUUUGGAGCUGAACUCGUCUCCUGGUAGAGUGGUUUCAGGGGGCACGGGGGGUGCUGGUAGCGGUGUGGGCAGCGGUGGGAGUGAGGGGAAGGUCCUGCGGUCCCCUGGGGCCAAGGAGGGUUCGACAGUGGGAGCGGUGGCUGGUGGGGGGGGAAAUGGUGGUGGCGGGGUGGGUGGAGCAGCAUUGGAUGUGAAAGGGGAGAGGCAGGAGAGGGAGGUGGUUCCUUUGUCCUCUUUGUCAUUGUCAUCCACACCAGCCCAGUCCCUGUGUUCCAUAGAUAGCCCUGGAGCUGUGGCACCUGACGACCUCACCCUUCCCCGCUCCCAGGGUGCCGCCUCUUCGUCCUCUUCCUCUUCCGCUGCCCAGUCCUCGGCGGCUACUUCAUCUCUUCAGCCCAGGCAGCAUCAUCCGGGUUCGGUUGAUCGAUCUCAACCGUCGGAUGCGGCUAGUUCAAGACGGCUGGAGAUCCAGCUGAGGCAGGCUUUUUCGAUGCCACGUCAGCAUCAUCUAGUGUCACCGGCUGAUGGCAUGUGCAGUCCACAUUCGUCCAUGACAUCAUCGUCGUCCUCGCCUGUGCAUUCCCCACUGUUGCCAGCUGCUGCACAGUGA